AUGGGCGCAAAAGAAUACAUCCUUUAUCAUAAUAUCUACUCGAUCUGCUCCAUGAUGGUGCGCUACACUCUCGCCCUGAGAGGACCACCGAAAGACGAUCACUCAGCCAUGGAUGUAACUGAAGUGGCUGUCGAUCUCUUCAAGGGCGAAAACUUGACUGAGGAAUUCCUCUGCGACAUCAAUAAAUACGCCCAGGUCCCCGUUCUAGAUGAUCGCAAGGGAAACCCAGUCCCAGACAGCCUUGAGAUUACGCAUUACAUUGCAAACGUAUACCCAAACGUGAUUCCUAAAAGCCAUCGAGACGAGAUCACGGCCCUGCUGAAAGAACUGCACGGGCUGAAUUUCUUUUCGCUCUCUUUUACAGGCCGUACGGGCGUUGCAGCCGGGCUUGCGGCUACAGUUGAGAAGCUCCUCGAAGACCCUACUAUCUCGGGCCGCUAUCGCAAGGCGCUAGAGUUUAAACGCGAAGUUGUGCAAAGUUCGAAGAUCGGAGGCCUGAAACCAGAGACGGUCACGGAGGUGGAGCAUCGCACCAAAGGCGUCCUCGAUCGGCUGGCCAAAACUCUCCCUGAAAAUCCCCAGGGCUCCGACAGUGGACCUUGGCUGUUUGGUCUACAGGAACCAUCUGCACUCGAUGCGCAUUCGAUUAUGUUCGUUGAGCGGAUGCGCGACGUUGGCCGACUCGCUUUGGUGCCGGAUAGACUCAAUGCUUACUCUCAAGAGGCUGCGGACCAGGCAGAGUUCAAGCAUGUCCUGAAUGGCCGCAGGACCAUGGCGCCGCUUCCAAAAGCCUAA